AGGCAGAAUCUCCUCAAAGGAAAAUCACUAUGGAACAGUCGACAGCGGAUAGAUCAAAACGACCCUAUACUCCAGUGAGGUAAAGUCAAUUACGGUAAACCUCAGAAUACAAGCACACCCCCCCCCCCAACUGUGUAUAAGCCCACCAUUUUUACUAACGCUCAGACCAUUUCGAAUUUUAUGUCCCCUCACGCCUGGGAACCAAUUGAAAAUAGUUGGAAAUGUGAAGGCUUUUCUUAUAUCUUUCUAACUUUCUUUCUUUUUACAGAUUUCCAGGCGAUUCUAUUGGGACAAAAACGCUGACAAUUGGUCGGUUACAUUUCAGGUAAAUAUACUGCGUAAUGUGUGAAUGUAAAGCCCGGAUGAAGCGAGAGUGUAUGAUAGUUGGCAGUCACACGACCUUAGUUAGCUGUUCUUAAAUCUUAUACAAUUACCUUAUGGUUUCCGUGUUUGGAUGGCCUGAUCCAAACACGCGGGAAUGUUGCGAGAGUUAAGAAAAGCACACGUUAUAUACAUUUUAUUUUAUAAUAAUGCUUUCAAAACACUAUCAUGUAUUUUAUAGUUGGAACACUCAUCAAAACUUUUUUGAGUGUUUUCUAUAGCUGUACGUCUCGCAAAGACAAAAGUUCUAACAAGAAAAAAUAAAAUUUCUAUUCACAGUGAAACGACAUCGAAUAACAUGAGAAAGAAAGGGAAACUCAAUCCUGAUCAAAGGUGAGACCAUCAUAACAGUCUAGUGCGCAUGCCUCCAACCUAGCCUUCUCCGCAGGCAUCUCGUGGUUCACGUACUUUACAAAGUCAGUGAGAUUUUGUUGCCUGCAAGGAAAUUCUGCCCGAUAAUCUAAUGACGAUCCCAGAGGGCGAUGCCUGCAGAGGAGGCUACCUUUGGCUACCUCCAACCAAAUAUUUCUCUUAACCAGAAUACAUUAAAUGGCUGAAAGUGUUACAGUCGUGCCAAUAAAAGCGUUCCGAAAAAUGUUGAUCAAUUCAUUUCCUAACUUGAAGGAACACCUCUGAACAAUUCCUCAACAACUUGAUAAGUUCCUUAAAAAGUUCCUAACUUCCUGUUUCAUUGACCAAUCAGAUUGCUCAAAAAUAAAAUAUAAAAUUUGGUUGGUCAAUGAAACAGGAAGUUCGGAACUCUUUAAGGAACUUAUCAAAUUGUUGAGGAAUUGUUCAGAGGUGUUCCUUCAAGUUAGGAAAUGAAUUGGUCAACAUUUUUCGGAACGCUUCUAUUGGCACGACUGUAAAUGGCUAUGUAAUAAACCCUACCCCUACUCUAACCCCUAACCCUAACCGCAACCCUAACCCUAACCCUAACCCUAACCCUAACCCUAACCCUAACCAAAUUAAUAAAAAAAUCCAAAAAGAAACGACUUUAGAAAAUCGAUAGGGCGGUUUGCUGCAUGGAAAAUAGUGCUAACCAAUCAACCCUCCCUUGGGAAAACCAUCUAAACAUGUAGACUGCGCUACAUCGAGAAUUCUACUGAAGCAGUGUGAUUCCUUUUCAAAAAUUCAUAUUUUUGUUUCAGAUAUUUCCAAUUAGUUGUUGAUGUACGUGCUUAUACAAAACAAGGAAAUUAUUCAAUGUGUUGUCAAAUCUCUGAGAAGGUGAUCGUCAGAGUAAGUGAAAGUACUGACCUGAUGUUUGAUGUCGGAAUAACAUAUUUGGAAUGGUGUUUUACUUCUUUGGAGGGUGGAUUCAUAUAUUUCGUGUAUUUUAGGCUUCUAAUCCUGGACAGUUUGAAAGUGAUGUUGCACUCUGGUCUAGAGAUAAAAGUGACGAAUGUGUUUAUAGAAUGGUAAUGCUAUUAAUCGCAGUACAGACGAGCGAGUUUGCCCUGAUAAAUUUCUUGACGUUGUACCAUUUUGGUGUUUUCUAUUUUUUAUGUUAGCACGUUAUCUUAUUGUUAAAGUGCAUGCUGUGUUUUCUAGGGUAGUGUUGGUAUCAAUACUGAUAAAUCAGACCAAUGUUUAUCUGUGAAUGGAAAUAUAAAACUCACUGGACAGAUCAUGACUCCUUCCGACGUUAGACUUACGGAGGAGCUUCGUCAGGUAAUGUGUACCGCGCGAGUGGGAUUUGAAAGGGUUAGGCUUCGGUGGCGCAAUAGUCAGAGCAAGAGCCUUUCACAUCUGGGGGAAGGAAGGUGGAGGGAGUUGGAGGAGAGAGGGGAGGGGGAAGUAUGUGGAGGGAGUUGGAGAAGUGAGGGGGGGGGACGUAUUGGGAAGGGAGGUGGAGGGAGAAGUAAAGUUGGAGGGAGUUGGAGGAGAGAGAGGAGGGGGAAAGAAUGUGGCGGAGAGAGGAGGAGGGGAAAGAAGGUGGAGGGAGUUGGAGGAGAGAGGGGAGGGGGAAGUAUGUGGAGGGAGUUGGAGGAGAGAAGGGAGGGAGAAGUAUGUGGAGGGAGUUGGAGGAGAGAGGGGAGGGGGAAGUAUGUGGAGGGAGGUGGAGGGGGAAGGAAGGUGGAGGGAGUUGGAGGAGAGAGAGGAGGGGAAAGAAUGUGGAGGAGAGAGGAGGAGGGGGAAGAAGGUGGAGGGAGUUGGAGGAGAGAGAGGAGGGGAAAGAAUGUGGAGGAGAGAGGAGGAGGGGGAAGAAGGUGGAGGGAGUUGGAGGAGAGAGAGAAGGGGAAAGAAUGCGGAGGAGAGAGGAGGGGGAAGGAAGGCGGAGGAGAGAGGAAGAUGGAAGGGUUCAGGAGGGGAGGUCGAAGAAGGUGGAGGAAAGUGGAGGUAGGUAAGUCGAGAGAGAUGGAGUAGGGGGGGGGAGUAGAGGAUAACUCCGCUUAAUGACUGUUCCCCCCAAACUUGCCUAUUUGAUUGUUAUGCGUACAUCAUGACGUCAUGCAACAUAAUAAGUGACGUCGUUGACACUCGAUUUAUGACUCGUGAUUGGUCAAAUUAAAUCUUGAAGCAUAUAAUAACUUUUUAUAGGCAGACACUGGUCGAAACCUGGAAAACGUUGAUAACAUGAAACUCUACAAAUUCCGCUAUGAUAAGCAAUAUUCCUAUCACGCUGGACUGGAACAACCCACAGAAAAUCUUGGAGUCUUAGGAAGCGAACUUAACACCUUGAUACCCGAUGCUGUUACUGAGAGUGUAAGUCUGGCUGAAACCCUAAAACAAUGGACCUAACUCAGUUACAGAGUUCAAUUAACCACAAAUAACUGGAGCUCAAUUUAUGACAUUUUUAGGCAGAUAUUGUAUUACCAGACGGAAAAUUGUUGAAAGAUAUCCUGAUGGUUAACAAGGUAUGCUAAACAAAUACAACCAUACAAACGCGCUUGUCUAAGAUUCAAGGAGCAGAAUAUUAAGGAUAUUCUAUGAAAUCAUGGAUAGAGCAUCUGCAGAUAGUUUUGGAUAGUUUUCGUGUGCGGAUAGUUUUCGUGAGGAUUUGACCUCUCGAGGCCUUGUGGAAAAUUUCUAUCGUGUUUGAUAUUUUUCACCUCGCGAGGAAAAAAUCUCAGCGUCUGCGGAUGUUGUGAGCUAAGUGCUGAGCUGUUUGAAUCAAUUAGCCAAUGACAAACCAUAGUUUCUUCAUGUAACUAGGAACAAAAUGGAGGAAAAUGCAAAUGAUUUUGUCAAUUAUAUGGUUGUUGAGUAGUUUUCCCAACGUGUGCGGUGAAAAUAGAUAGCUGAGCUAGCUGCCACGCGAGGCGGUUAGCUCAGCAAUUUGCUCUCAUGUGCGGCAGGCUUUACAUGGUAGAAAAGCUUCUUUUAAAUGUUUCCAAUGAUUGGUUAAAUAAAUAAAAAAUAACACUGCCUAGAGAGAAAUUGGUUAUUCGUGCUCUCUAUUCUUUCUGAAAUUUGCCAGUGAAGAACUAAUGAGAUCACAUCAAAAUGAUCGCCACAACUCCGCUCAUCAUCUCGUGUCGAAAACGUUCUAAAACUCAUUAGAAGAGAUUUGGGAAGAUAUAUCUUUCAAGUGACGUAAAAGAUCAUCUUUGCUUGAUAGUUUAAUUAAUUUAACUUAAGCACGUAACGAUUUGAUUCGUAAUGUAGUGACAGAUUUAAAAAUCUAUCUUCAUCAGUAAUCUCAAAAUGAAAAGCUUGCUCUAUCCAGCCAUAGGUUCGAGUUCAAUCGUCGUGGCCCAUAACACAGGGCCUGUGAAAAUCUUAGGGAAUUAUCUUUCGUUUUUAGGACAGACUGUUAAUGGAGUCUUUAGGAGCUAUGCAGGAACUUUCUAAAAUUACCGUAAGUAUUAAGUUUAUAACAUAUCGCCCCGAAUGCUUUGGUUUGGGUAAUUUUAGGUGAUUCUAAGAUGAAAUGUAAUACACUGUGUCUUACUAGAAAAAACCCGCUCACGUUGAUCAAAAUGUCAUAUCCGAAGUUGAUUAAGUGAGACCUUGCGACUAAUAAAAACAUGUUUUAAAAAAGAAUUGUUAAAAUGCAAAGGCCGGGACCACAGGCAUGGGUGACCAAAGGGGGCCACAGGAAUUUUUUAAAAAUUCAAAAAGUGCCCCAGACCACUCCAAAGUUCCUGAAACUUUCUGAAAAUUGUCGAAAACCAUUUCUCUCAUCAAAACAGUUAGUUUCGACUAAUAAACUAAACAUGUUUUAAAACUUUUUGGUAUAAAGUACAGGCAUCCCACUAUUUAGAUUAUAUAUUAUAUUUCUUCUUAGAGCGAAGUGAAUAUUAAGACAGAUUUACACUACAACUUUUGCCUAAAACUGUCGCAUGCAACUUGUUUACAACUUGAGUUAUACUGUGUAAAUCAAACACACAACUCACUAAAACGUUGUCGUUGGUUCCCAGUAUCAUAUUUGGGGUUACGAGCACUUCAAACUUAUCUUCCUUGCGAAACAUUGCGCAAAUCUCUGUUCUAUAUAUAACAUAUGAUUGUAUUGUUUUCUCAUUUCUAUCUUGUAGAAAAUUUUAACUUCACGCAUGAUUGAGUUGGAAACAAAAAAUGAGAUACUGGAAUUAAUUUUGAAGAAUAUGGUUUCAGAAUCAAUGAAUAUUUCUUUUCCGAAUUAGAGGUAUUAAUAUAUUGUGAUUGCCACUGAUACGACACUGAACCACAAAAUCUGACUGAAACAUUAUUUUUGUUUUGCAGAUUUGGCCUAUAAAUAGAACUAUACUUCAACAGACAAAGAAACCAAAGUCUUUCCAACCAGGAAUAAUUCGUAUAUUGAUAGUAUGGUCACACCGUGACACAACUGCUGUUUUGCUAGUUCGGCUAAUUUAUAUUGGUACAAACACUCAUUAAUAAUUCAUCAGCUUAUUUGCAAAUCAUGUCAACCAUAAUAUGUCACGUGAAGAGGCCUUUAUACCUGAUCACACUCAUUUUCAUUAGUAUUAAAGUUCAUCUUAAUUAGUAUUCUUUUAGUCGUAUUAUUUAUUUCUAUAUAAUUAGAAUUUAAAAUAUUAUUAAUUCUGAUCCGCAACUAUUUGUAUUGCAUUGUAUUUGUAUUUAAUUACCUUCAUGCACGGGUAACCUGUCAAUCGACAUUGAUUUUCAUAGGGC